UCCGCUGCGGCAGCGGCCGCCGAGGCUCCCCGCGGUCUCGGCUGCCGGGCCCGGCGUGGGCGGGCGGCUUGGGCGCCCGGGGACGGCCCGGGCUGGUGGACGGGCGCUCCGGAGGAGCCGGCGGCCGCGCGCGGACCCGGUAACUUACAAGAUUAAAAUUAAUUUGGUUGCUGGUGGUUCAGAACAAAUACAUACAGCACCAGGUUUAUCAUUUUGAAGACAGACUUUGGAGUGUUACCCUUAAGGAUAAAGAAAGUGUUUGGGGAAGACCGUUUUAUAUUGCAAAAAUGUGAAUCCUCAGACUGAUGAUCUGAAGGGCCUGUACAGUAUAGCAGACCUUGGAAACACACCCAGUCAGCUUGAAGAGUCUCAAAAGGACCCUACCUACCACUGAGAAAUCAAGAUGGCAGUCCUCUAUGGGGAAUUCAGGAAAAUGGAUUAAUGCAAGAGUGCUGAGAUAAAAUACCACCAAGACAGGGUUCUUUUAACAUGGAUUCAGUGAAAUGAAUGAAACCUAUCUUAACCAAGAAAUGGACAGUGGACUUGACUUUCUAAAGACUUUCGUGUUACAUUUAAACUAGCUCAUUUUUCAUAUGUGGAGAAGAAAGGUGGCGUGUUAACACAGAUGAUAAGUGUGUAUGCCUGAAAUUUUUUCUUUAUGCAUUUUGAUUUGCUUGAAUAUGACGUCAUGGAAUGUUAACUUGAAUAAAAUUUCUACCGUUUAAAAAUUUCUCAGUUUGAGCUUUUUUUUUUUUUUUUUCAAGUGGACGUUACAUUAACUGUUCAGUUAUCGCCUUAAUAACACUUUAAUUCUUACAGUUGCCCAGCAAUAUACUCAAUAAAACUGGUAACAGAAAUGAUAUACUGGAAUGUGUUUUACUUGGUUGAUAAAGAUUUGUCUUUUCUCACAAAAAUGGGAAUUUGUCUGUGCUUUGUGGAAUGGUUAUUAGGUUAAAAUGUGAUCUUUGUUCAGGUUUGUUUUGAAUGAAUUUCCUUAAUUUUUUCUUUGUGCUGUCUUACACCUUGCAAAACAAUUUAAUCAGUGGGUAAUAAUGGGAACUGUUAAUCUGCCCUGAGAGUUAAAGAUUUUUAGUGCAGUAUACUUUGUUGCCUUUAAAUUCAGGAUAAUACAGUAUUUCUGUCUGAAUUAUUUUGAGUUGAUGGAAAUGAUUUCCUUUACCUAUGCUUUUUAAUGUCAUAAAUAUCUUGCAAUGGAAUAUUCAUUUGAAUAUUGCGACUUAGGUAUUUUUUCUUUAUGCUAUAGGAAAGAAUGUUGGAAUUAUAGGGAAAUGUCUUUAGGGUAUACACAAACUAGCUUAAAUCUUUGGUGGGAAUGAUUGGUAUAAUAUAUUGUAUUUACAUUUGAAAUAGGUUUUUAUCUUACAUUUUUUUACUGGGGGUUUAGAAUAAUUGAAUCACAUCAUGCCAUGGAUUACUACCUAUGUUUGAAUUUUAAUUGCUAGACUUUUAUUCCUUUCUAAUCAACUAGUACUAGUUUCAGUAGCUAUAUUACAAAUGGUAGGCGUUUGAUAGACUAGAACAUUGGUUACAUUUUCCAGUUUUAUAGAGAAUGAAGAAUAGUUCAACUUAAUUUGUUCUACUUUGCUAGAAAUAAUCAUCUGCGUGAUAAAUGUCAAUGCAGUGCCAUAGUGUACACAUCUAUGGUCAGUACAUGGUCAGUUUGUUUUGUGGUUGGUUGAUCUUCAUAUUAAUUUAAAAAAAAUAUGGGUUUUGAUUUGAUAUAAAAGUUACGGAAUAUAAAGUUUCAAUUAUGUUUUAUAUUUACUUGGUUCAACAUCUUUGUUUUUUGUUGGUUGUAAAUCUAUAACGGAUUGCCUUAGUGUGGGAAUGACACAUUUCUGAUUAUAAUGCUGAGCUGAAUAAGAAAAAUUGAUUGGGAUUUUAGGGCAUGCGAAUGAAUGUUUGUUCCUCUGCAUGGGUGUUUGAUGAGGACUUUUGAGUAAUUGUUUUUGGUAUUAGUAAUAAUUUUGGUUGUGUACUUUUGAGGUUUUUGAUCUUCAGAAGAAUUUUCCCUGUGACCGUAUUUUGAUCAUGUGCCAUUAGAUAUGCUUUGUGGCUAAUAAUGUGUUGUUGAAAUGGGUAGACAGAGUUUGAGUUGAAACAUGAAGGAAAAGGGUUGGGAUAUGUAUUCUGAUGGCUUUGGAGGUGGUGUUUCUUGGGUUUCUGAUUUAAAGCUUAUUAUGGUUGUACUAUAUGCUUGAGUUUGAAGAGCUUUAUUUUGCCUAAAUCAGUAUGAUUAUGAGAUCCUUGGUGGUUUGGGUUUCCUAGAUUAUAUAAUGGGUUGAAGAAUUUUGUAAAGCGAAAAGAAACACUGAGUUUCUUGAAAAAAAAAAUGGGUUGUGUUAACUUUUGCCCUGAUGCAACUGGACACUAGGGAGGCGCUCUUGAGUUGUCAGAGUUACCCCUUCCUUCCAGUUGGAAUGGAGAAUUUCUCCUUACAUUUUGUCUUUAAAUGGUUUUUAGAUAACAUAAAGAAAGCAGACCUUGAAUUUAAUUUAUGAAUGGGUUUUGCUUUUAUUUAGAAGCUUUUUUGCCCUGGGGGGGCUAAUUUUUUCAAAGAUUAAUCCUUAAUCUGGGUUUUAGAUUUUCUAAGAAUUAUCCCUAUUUCAAAAUGGCUUGAUAAAACACCACUUCCUGUCCAGGGAGGAAGUUAUUUUAGCUCAAGGACUGAAAUAUUUAGCAGAUCUUUAGACAAAAGGAACAAAUUACAUUUCUCUCUGGCUUAAAAAGGGUGCUUGAGCCAGAGGGGGUUAAGAAGCCCUUCCCCCUCCCUCUGAUGGGGUGGUCUGGAGGGGCAGGGAGGUGUGGGAGUGGGGGUCUUUAGGCUCCCUGGGAUGUAGGAUCUUUCUUUUUCUUUUUUUUUUUUUUGGUGGAGAUGAAGGGGUGGGUCUAUGGUACAUCACCUGAGUUGUGGGGUAAAUGUAGAGAGUGUCAAUCAAAGGCAGAGCUCUCAGAGCUGGGAAGGAGGCUCUAGAUGGCGGCUGUGCCUUAGAGAGAGCGCGCUCUGCUCCCUGCCUUCCCUCACUUACGCAACUUUCCCUAACUUUUGGGCAGCCUCAGGGGGCCCCCGCAGCCCCCUGCCUCUCCUAGUGACUUGCUGGGGUCGAUUUGAACCUUUUUAAGGGAGAAAAGCAGCCUUUGGAAGCUUUCUUUUCGUGCCUUGUUGGAGAGAAGCAGCCGUACUGAGAGCCCAGGUCGUUGUUUUUCCAGCUUAGAAGCCAUGGCGCACCUCCAUUUUUGUGCGCUCUCUUAAUGAGGUUUUUUUCUUCUUCCGGACCCUUUUAAGUUUUAAUUAUUGCUUUAUUUUUUGACCAGUUUACGUAUUUGAGGAUUAUUUUAUUUAUUUUUCAUUUUUUACCGGAGGAUUUUGCCUUUAUUUUUAAUUAUUUUCGAUUUGAUAUUCUGCCACUAGCUAGGACUCUGGCUUUGGACAUACUACAUGGAUCAGUAAAUACCUGGGCACAGGACUUCAAAGCAAACACAGAUUCCCCCUCCCCCUUAAUAUUUAAGAAUUAAAAGAUGAUGAGAAAUAAGGACAAAAGCCAAGAGGAGGACAGUUCGCUACACAGCAAUGUAUCGAGGUAUGAGCUAUCAACUUUCUUCCUUUUUGUGUUUUUUUGGGGGGAACCUCAACUUACAAUUGUUUACCUUGACAGACACAGAUUGCUGUCUGUGAUAUUGUAUUUUUCUAAUUUGAGUUCGUUUUUUUUUUAAAGCAUGACCUUGAGAUUGCUAAUAUGCCACACCCUAAUUUUUUGGUAGCAAUUUAUGAAAGUUGAGUUGUGCCUUAAGGCCUCUUACAGCAGUCCGAAGGUAAGGUACCUUUAUUCACAGGGGCCUUUCCUAGUAACUGUAGUUCUGUGUUAGUAAAUUUCAGGUUUUAGGGUUUUGUGCUGCAGAAAAAUGACCUUGUCGGUUUAGCCAUUGCUGCAUUGCACCAUUUUACAUACAAGGCAAAUUUUUUCUUUGAAGAAUCUCAAGACAUCCAAACUUGUAAGUGAGGGCCAUAGAGAAGCCUUGUAGUAGUAAAUUAUAGUAAAUAGACAUUUGAGAAAGUUAUAUGAAUGAAAAAAUGUACAUUUAAAAGUGAAAUUACAGAAAACACCCUUUGACUGAUGCCUCUCAAUUUAUAUUUUUAUUGACUCUAUUUCUUUUGAUAUAGUUGACAUUUUAGGAAAUUUUGAUGAUUUGUUAAAACCUUUACUUGGUUACCGUGCCAGAAUUUAUGAAAUCAAACCUGUAAUCACAGAGAUCCUGGAAUGCUGUUAAUACACUUUUGCUUUGUAUGUUUUUUACUGUGAUUGUAUUUGUAAUUUGUAUGUUUACAUUUAAACAUUUUAAGGUUUGUAUUUGUAUGCUUAUAUGGAGAUAGUGCUUUGUGAAUGACAGAUGUAGUAUUUUACCUUCACAUUUUAGUUGUUGUUGCUUUAAAUUUAUUGAUUUAUUUCGACAGAGUCCCCCGGAAAGCUUUAUCUUCUGAAGCUUAUAAAUGUACUUUGUUCAAGUCAUGAUUUGUUUCACAUUCCUUGAAGUAGCUUAUUAGUGACUUAAGUAAUAAAGCCUCUAAGAUGUUUUUAAUGUAUGAUUUCUGUAUCUUAAUUUUAAAAGUACAUAAAUGCAUUUCUUGGUGUGUUCUUGUUAUAAAUCUUAAAUUAAUAAGCAUGUGAUUGGUUAUGUGUUUUUUCUUCAGUUUUGAAUUUUUAAUUUUCCAUGGAAAAAAUUGUUAGGUUAUGGAAUUUGGAAGCUUUGAAUAUAGUUUUACAAAUGUUUAAUUUUAACAAAGUAUUUUGAGCCUUGCUUUUAAAAAUACACUUGUAAGUUCUCUUGCAAAUUGAGUUGUCAAACAAUUUGGAUGUUUUCUGAAUGAAUUGCCCAAGUAAUUACUAGGUUAUGUAUAGGAUACAAAACUUCCUGCUAAUGCUGAACUUCAUUUUUCUGGAAAAUAACAAUUUUAAGAAAUAGAAAGCCCCAGAUAUAUUUGACAUUAUUAAAGACUUAAUAUUAAAAUCAUUACUUCUUUGAGUUUAUGAUUUGCAUAGUCUCACAUGGGGUUUGGCUUUCUAUGCGAGGUUUGUGGUUGACUUCAUUUUUCAUGCUUUCUAACUUAAUAGAGCAGUGCUAUUUUUAUAGUACUUUUUACUCUUUUGGAAAACUUGUAAGUUGUCAUGCAUUUGACUACUCACAAUGGAGUACAGCAGAACAAGAAGCAUGUUUUAAUAUCUUUUUGCCAGGUAUACUUGAUGAAUGUGAGAAGUACUCCAGACUGCUGCAUGAUGGAGUUACUUUUAAAUUACUUGUACUCUGAGUUGCAUACAUUAUUAAUACAUAUACAUAAUUGUGACAUCACUUCCUUUUUAAGAUUGUGGAGCCUAAAGGAUGUUACACAUGUUGUUUUCAUGUAGUUGGUUGUUACUUCUUGCGAGCUGAAAUUGAGGACUGAUACUAUGUCUGGAGCUUGGUUUCUGUGUCAUCAGUUUUUCUGUAAGGACCUCAGUGUUAAUGGCAGUGUUUAGGGGAUACUACCGCAAAUCACCUUGCGGCCUGAGCCCGGGAAAGGAGUUUGUGGGUCAGGUAAACUUUGGUCUGAGAAUUCCUUUAGGAAAUAAAGUGAUUGCGAGUUUAAGUAAAAUGUUUUUGGAGCUAAUGCAGUACUUAAAAAUGGUUAUGUAAGUUUGUACUGUCUUUGACAUUAAUGCUUAGGUCUAAUAUUCUUUGCAUAUCACUUUUUAAUACUAAAGUUUACUUUCAAAGGAUAUUUUAAAAGUUGGAUAUUUCUGAAUAAAACAUUCUUAGAGAUGGACAUGUAGCCACACACCUCAUCUCAGUUUGCAGCUUGAGCAUAACUUCAUGGCAACUGGGGGAAGCAAACGCAUGGAACUUGGUGUACUGGAGUUCUCUGUGUUUGAGGACGCCACGCUUGCAGUUUAAACAGUUGAUCAGAUUUAUCUCCAAAUUGCCUUUGAGCUAAAUUUGACAACCUAGGGGCAGGGAGGGUCCCUGGGCUUUUCUGAGCCUUUUUAGCGGAUAUUCUCAGAGGCUGGCUAGAAGUGGCUUAGUGGAGUGCUUGUGGAUUGGGACGGGCAGCCUAAGUGGCAGCCAUUUUAUGACGCUGAUAAUAGUUUAAAAAUCGGGAAUUUUGAGGAGACCGAAAACAGACAAAUCAAACCUGAAAUCCAGAACAUUUUUACUCUCCUUCGCCCCUUUUUCGCGCUGUGGGACAGAAAUAAAGGGCAGCUCGAUAAUUAGCACAGGCAACAACUCUGGGAGCUCCUGACAUCUUGGUGCAGGUCCAGCUCAGUCACAAAAUGGCUGUUCCUUUGUGCCGCAGCGCUGACAGACAUACUGCAUUGCACUGUGUACUCGCCAAACAGCAGGAAGUUGCCGUGCGGAGUUCAAAGGCCGGCCGGCGCCGGCGCAGGCAGCUGAUUGGCUGCGCGCGAGCCUGGUAACAGACGGGUCAACAGCGGCGCCUUCCGGCUGGGCCCGCCCCGUGACGUCAGCCGCCACGCCGCGGGGCGGGGAGAACGCCGUGACGUCGGGCCGCAGCGCGCGUUGGGCGCGUCGAGACUGGAAGGAGGAUCUGGGGCUUUCCGGCGGGCGGUGUUUUUCUGGUUGCGUGGUUGGCAGCGCUGUGCCGUUCCUGCCGGGUCCACACCCUCGGGGUGAUUUCCUUUGCUCAUUCCUGGGCAUAGUUUUCCUCUUUUAGUAGCAGUUCCUACUUUUAAGAGAGAAAAGGCCCGAAUUGGAAAUUUUCGAGUAGAAAACCUGUUAGUUUAAAACCAAUUUUCGCUUUCCCUUCUCUCCUAACCCAUUGGUUUUUUCUUUUUCCCAGUUCACUUCCUUGUUCUGUUGGAAGAGAUUAGUGAGUAAUUUUGUUACUGUAGACCAAAGUGAUUUCAGUGCGAGGGGCGUUACUCUGUAAUGACCGUCUCGGACGUUGACAACCCAUGGCUCCUAGAGCAGGGCGAGCGUAUUUGAAUCUGGCUCCGUGCGCUUUUACGUGGUGCCUUACGUUUUUUCACUGGGCACUUGAUGGAGAAACUCAGUCAUUCCGGCUCUGAGGAAGCUUCCGGUUCCGACUCAGGCAGCCAGUCAGAAAGUGAGCAGGGAAGCGAUCCAGGAAGCGGACAUGGCAGCGAGUCGAAUAGCACUUCCGAGUCUUCUGAGAGUCCGUCUGAAUCUGAAAGCGAAUCUGCGGGCUCCAAAUCCCAGCCAGUCCUUCCAGAAGCCAAAGAGAAGCCAGCAUCUAAAAAGGAACGGAUAGCUGAUGUGAAGAAGAUGUGGGAAGAAUACCCUGAUGUUUAUGGAGUCAGGCGGUCAAACCGAAGCAGACAAGAACCAUCACGAUUUAAUAUUAAGGAAGAGGCCAGUAGCGGGUCUGAGAGUGGGAGUCCAAAACGAAGAGGCCAGAGGCAGCUGAAAAAACAAGAAAAAUGGAAACGGGAGCCCUCCGAAGACGAACGGGAACAAGGCACUAGUGCAGAGAGUGAACCUGAGCAAAAAAAAGUGAAAACAAGAAGACCUGUGCCCAAAAGAACAGUACCCAAACCUCGUGUUAAAAAGCAGCCUAAGAUCCAGCGUGGAAAAAGAAAAAAACAAGAUUCUUCUGAUGAUGAGGAUGAAGAUGACGAAGCUCCAAAAAGGCAGACUCGUCGGAGGGCAGCUAAAAAUGUCAGUUAUAAAGAAGAUGACGACUUUGAAACUGACUCAGAUGAUCUCAUUGAGAUGACUGGAGAAGGAGUUGAUGAACAACAAGAUAAUAGUGAAACCAUUGAAAAGAUCUUAGAUUCCAGACUGGGAAAGAAAGGAGCCACUGGAGCUUCUACUACAGUGUAUGCUGUUGAAGCUAAUGGAGACCCGAGUGGUGACUUUGACCCUGGGAAGGGUGAAGGUGAAACCCAGUACCUCGUCAAGUGGAAGGGGUGGUCUCACAUCCACAGCACAUGGGAGAGUGAAGAGUCCUUACAGCAGCAGAAAGUGAAGGGCCUCAAAAAGCUAGAGAACUUCAAAAAGAAAGAGGAUGAAAUCAAACAAUGGUUAGGGAAAGUAACUCCUGAAGAUGUAGAAUAUUUCAAUUGCCAACAAGAACUGGCCUCAGAGUUGAAUAAACAGUAUCAGAUAGUAGAAAGAAUAAUAGCGGUAAAGACAAGCAAAUCUACAUUGGGCCAAACAGAUUUUCCAGCUCACAGCCGGAAGCCUGCACCUUCAAAUGAACCUGAGUAUCUAUGCAAAUGGAUGGGACUGCCCUAUUCAGAGUGUAGCUGGGAAGACGAAGCUCUGAUUGGAAAAAAGUUCCACAACUGUAUCGACAGCUUCCAUAGUCGAAACAACUCGAAAACUAUACCAACAAGAGAAUGCAAGGCCCUUAAACAGAGACCACGAUUUGUAGCUUUAAAGAAACAGCCAGCAUAUUUAGGAGGGGAAAAUCUGGAGCUCCGAGAUUAUCAGCUAGAAGGUCUCAACUGGCUCGCUCAUUCCUGGUGCAAAAGUAACAGUGUAAUCCUUGCUGAUGAGAUGGGCCUAGGAAAGACCAUCCAGACCAUAUCAUUCCUCUCCUACCUGUUCCACCAACACCAGCUGUAUGGACCCUUUCUUAUAGUCGUCCCUUUAUCCACCCUCACCUCAUGGCAGAGAGAGUUUGAAAUCUGGGCACCAGAGAUAAACGUAGUGGUUUACAUAGGUGACCUGAUGAGCAGAAAUACGAUACGGGAAUAUGAGUGGAUUCAUUCCCAAACCAAAAGGCUGAAGUUCAAUGCACUUAUAACAACAUAUGAGAUUCUUUUAAAAGACAAGACUGUGCUGGGCAGUAUUAACUGGGCCUUUCUGGGAGUGGAUGAAGCCCAUCGGUUGAAGAAUGAUGACUCUUUAUUGUAUAAAACUCUGAUUGAUUUCAAGUCCAACCAUAGGCUCCUGAUUACGGGCACCCCUCUUCAGAAUUCCCUCAAGGAGCUCUGGUCCUUGCUGCACUUUAUUAUGCCGGAGAAAUUUGAGUUCUGGGAAGAUUUUGAAGAAGACCAUGGAAAAGGGAGAGAGAAUGGCUACCAGAGUCUUCAUAAGGUGCUAGAGCCUUUCCUUCUUCGGAGAGUCAAAAAAGAUGUUGAGAAGUCUCUUCCUGCCAAAGUGGAACAGAUUCUCAGGGUAGAGAUGUCAGCCCUUCAGAAACAGUAUUACAAAUGGAUUCUGACCAGGAAUUACAAGGCUCUUGCCAAAGGAACAAGAGGGAGCACAUCUGGUUUCCUUAAUAUUGUGAUGGAACUGAAAAAAUGUUGCAAUCACUGCUAUCUGAUUAAACCUCCUGAAGAAAAUGAAAGGGAAAAUGGACAGGAGAUUCUUCUGUCCCUGAUCAGGAGCAGUGGGAAGCUGAUUCUGUUAGAUAAGCUGUUGACAAGACUUCGUGAAAGGGGGAACAGGGUCCUCAUCUUCUCUCAGAUGGUAAGAAUGUUGGACAUCCUGGCCGAAUACCUGACUAUCAAGCACUACCCUUUCCAGCGCUUAGAUGGCUCCAUCAAGGGAGAAAUCCGAAAGCAGGCACUGGAUCACUUCAAUGCAGAUGGGUCUGAGGACUUCUGUUUCCUGCUCUCGACAAGGGCUGGUGGCCUGGGAAUCAAUUUGGCAUCCGCGGACACAGUCGUCAUCUUUGACUCUGACUGGAACCCCCAGAACGACUUGCAGGCACAAGCCCGGGCCCAUAGAAUUGGUCAAAAGAAGCAGGUAAAUAUUUACCGCUUAGUUACAAAAGGGACUGUGGAAGAAGAGAUCAUAGAACGAGCCAAAAAGAAAAUGGUAUUGGACCACCUGGUGAUUCAGCGCAUGGAUACCACUGGCCGAACAGUCCUUGAAAACAACUCUGGAAGAUCCAAUUCAAAUCCUUUUAAUAAAGAAGAGCUGACAGCUAUUUUGAAAUUUGGAGCAGAAGAUCUCUUCAAAGAACUUGAAGGCGAGGAGUCAGAGCCUCAGGAAAUGGAUAUAGAUGAGAUUUUGCGUUUGGCUGAAACUAGAGAAAAUGAAGUGUCAACAAGCGCCACUGAUGAGCUUCUGUCACAGUUUAAGGUUGCCAACUUUGCUACAAUGGAAGAUGAAGAAGAGCUAGAAGAGCGUCCUCACAAGGAUUGGGAUGAGAUCAUUCCAGAGGAGCAAAGGAAAAAAGUAGAGGAGGAGGAGCGGCAGAAGGAGCUAGAAGAAAUUUAUAUGCUUCCUCGAAUUCGUAGUUCCACUAAGAAGGCUCAGACAAAUGAUAGUGAUUCUGACACGGAGUCUAAGAGGCAAGCCCAGAGAUCCUCGGCUUCUGAGAGUGAGACCGAAGACUCUGACGAUGACAAAAAGCCAAAGCGCAGAGGUCGCCCUCGGAGUGUGCGCAAAGACCUGGUGGAGGGCUUCACGGACGCGGAGAUCCGCAGGUUCAUCAAGGCUUAUAAGAAAUUUGGUCUCCCUCUUGAACGGCUGGAGUGCAUAGCCCGUGAUGCUGAGCUGGUGGAUAAGUCUGUGGCAGACCUGAAGCGCCUGGGUGAGCUGAUUCACAACAGCUGUGUGUCUGCAAUGCAGGAAUAUGAAGAACAGCUGAAAGAAAAUGCUAGUGAGGGGAAAGGUCCUGGGAAAAGGAGAGGCCCAACAAUCAAGAUAUCUGGAGUUCAGGUUAAUGUAAAAUCCAUUAUCCAACAUGAAGAAGAGUUUGAGAUGCUCCAUAAAUCUAUCCCUGUGGACCCUGAAGAAAAGAAAAAGUACUGCCUAACCUGUCGGGUCAAAGCUGCACACUUCGAUGUGGAGUGGGGUGUGGAGGAUGACUCUCGCCUGCUGCUGGGGAUUUAUGAGCAUGGCUAUGGAAACUGGGAGCUAAUUAAGACAGACCCAGAACUGAAACUGACGGACAAAAUUCUGCCUGUGGAGACAGACAAAAAGCCCCAGGGGAAGCAGCUACAGAAUCGGGCGGACUACUUGCUAAAGCUGCUCAGGAAAGGCCUGGAGAAGAAGGGGACUGUGGCAGGCGGGGAGGAGGCCAAAUUAAAGAAACGGAAGCCUCGAGUAAAGAAGGAAAACAAAGCACCCAGGCUGAAAGAUGAGCAUGGAGUUGAGUUUUCAUCUCCGAGACACUCAGAUAAUCCAUCAGAAGAGGGAGAAGUAAAGGAUGAUGGCUUAGAAAAAAGUCCAGUGAAAAAAAAACAGAAGAAGAAAGAGAACAAAGAGAAUAAAGAGAAACAAAUGAGUUCUAGGAAAGACAAAGAAGGGGACAAAGAAAGGAAGAAGUCAAAAGAUAAGAAAGAGAAGCCUAAAGGUGGUGAUGCCAAAUCUUCAAAUAAAUCAAAGCGAUCUCAGGGUCCUGUCCAUAUUACAGCAGGAAGUGAACCUGUCCCUAUUGGAGAGGACGAAGAUGAUGAUCUCGACCAGGAGACCUUCAGUAUUUGUAAGGAGAGGAUGAGGCCUGUGAAAAAGGCACUGAAACAGCUGGACAAACCUGACAAGGGACUUAAUGUACAAGAACAGCUUGAACACACACGGAGCUGCCUGCUCAAAAUUGGAGACCGCAUAGCCGAGUGCCUUAAAGCUUAUUCAGACCAGGAGCACAUCAAACUGUGGAGGAGAAACCUAUGGAUUUUUGUUUCUAAGUUUACCGAAUUUGAUGCUCGAAAACUACAUAAGUUAUACAAGAUGGCUCAUAAGAAAAGAUCUCAAGAAGAGGAGGAGCAGAAGAAGAAAGAUGACAUGAUUGGUAGUAAAAAACAGUUUCGACCAGAGGCCUCAAGUUCGAGUCGGGAUUCUCUGAUAUCUCAGUCUCAUACCUCACAUAGCCUUCACCCGCAGAAGCCUCAUUUGCCUGCCUCCCAUGGCCCACAGAUGCAUGGACACCCAAGAGAUAACUACAAUCACCCCAACAAAAGACACUUUAGUAAUGCAGAUCGAGGAGACUGGCAGAGGGAAAGAAAGUUCACCUAUGGUGCUGGCAACAACAAUCCACCCUGGGGCAGUGACCGGCACCAUCAGUACGAACAGCACUGGUACAAGGACCACCACUAUGGUGACCGACGCCAUGUGGAUGCCCACCGUUCUGGAAGCUAUCGGCCCAACAAUCUAUCCCGGAAGAGGCCAUAUGAUCAGUACAGCAGUGACCGAGACCACCGGGGCCAUAGAGACUACUAUGACAGACACCAUCAUGACUCCAAGCGGAGGCGAUCCGAUGAGUUUCGGCCUCAAAAUUACCACCAGCAGGAUUUCCGACGGUUGUCUGAUCACCGCCCACCUAUGGGCUACCAUGGCCAGGGACCUUCAGACCAUUAUCGCUCUUUCCAUACAGACAAACUGGGGGAGUAUAAACAGCCGCUACCCCCACUGCAUCCCGCAGCCUCAGAUCCUCGCUCACCCCCUUCUCAGAAGUCUCCUCACGAUUCCAAGUCUCCCCUGGAUCACAGGUCUCCUUUGGAGAGAUCACUAGAACAGAAAAACAACCCCGAUUAUAACUGGAACCUUCGGAAAACAUAAAGGACAGCUCGGGCAGGAGAGAGCAGGAGUCAUUAAGCACGAGGACGCUUUGGGCUAGUGGCCUGUUUCGGGACGGGCAGAGCUUCUGGACACACUGCCGCUGGCCUCACUGCUGAAGGAGCGCGUCAGGGAGUGGGAGGCCCUUGGCAGCCGGCGAUGCUCUGGGUACCACUCCUGCACUUUGGCCCCACCCGCCUCCAGCCUGGCUCAGGCCUCCCACCUCGAUGGGUGCUAGGAGGAGUUGUGACUUUUGCAUACCAGCUUCAUUGGUUGUUCUCCAGUGAAGGAAUUGGGGAUCUCUGAGUCGUGGAUGUUUGUUGCCUGGUUCAGUGUUCCCAGGACCUCGGUGGGUGGUCAAGGGAAGGCGCUGGUGCAUGAAUGCUGCCGAGAUUGCUGGACAGUGUGUGAUGGGUUCAUUAUGAUGUAACGGAUGCUGCUGAUGGGUGGGGCUGGGAUGAGAGUGAGGCCUCACUAGGACUUGAAGGGGAGCAGGUGCAACCCUCCAGUGUGUUCGUGGGAGAAGUGAGGCACUAGGUCCAUGUGUGAAGCCUACAGGGUGGGGUGGCGCCAGGAUGCACUGAGGGAAGCACCGCCCCCUUGGCUGCCUCCUUGCCAACACUAAUUUCCGUGCUGUCUGUACAUUUCAAAGCCUCAGUCUCCUGGCUGGGCCUGCUUUUUCCCUCUGUGCUGGGGAGAGGCAGGCAGCAGUGGUGUCAGCGUGGGUCUUACUCGUCAAGGAGGGAGCCGCAGGGUUUCGGGUGGGAUGGGGUAGGGUACUGUGGCGAGGGAACGGGAGUCCCAGGGCUGACUGCUGAGGUGCAUGCCGAGAAGGGAAGGAGAAGGCAAGCAGAGGGCCUCGACAGCUGGCUAGCCAGCUGCUCACAGCUGGGGCGGGGACUCUCGGAAGGCAGUGGGCAAGUCGCCAGCACGGAGGCGCCUUUCAGUGUUGGAGUGGGUGACAGCUUCUGCUGCAGGUUAGUUCCCUUGCACGGCAUGAAGAAGUGAAGUAGAUAGAACCGUACGUCUCCUGGCAUUGAUGGGGUGGUCAGACAGAAAUCAGUUACCUUUGGUAAGCAAGUGUCCACUGCUAGCUAGAGGUUGUUUUAACUCAGUUUCUUUUAGAAUAAGAUCUGUAAAGUAUAAACCUAUGUUAGUUAUUUUCCAAAAUAGGAAGCAUCCAAGGACAGGGUAGCUCACUUAAGAGAUGGUAGGAAUCAUGCUCAAGUUCAGUGAAGUAAGGACUGGGGGCCAGGUGGUUGCUUCAUGACGCAGGCUCCUUUCAGUGUACUGAUGCUGGGGCCUUACGAAAAUCCAUUUGCAGUAUAGAUUGCCAGUAUUCUUAAAGCAUCCAAAGCCUUUGUAGAUGGAGGCAGAAACACUUGGCUUAAAGAACAGUGUGCCUCUAAGUGUCCAGACUCAGCAGUGAAGCCCUUGCCCUGGGCAUGUGCAAGAUUAAACCCACUGAGGUAACUCUGCUGGCCUCGUCCUGGGCAGCACCACUAGCGCCUCCACCAGGACCUGCCAGCAGGGUCUCCCAGGGACAGGCGGGGUGCUGUCUUCCUACCAGGCUUCCCAGGUAGGAGCCCGGGUCUUUGCAGCUUGUGCUGGAGGUUGGGCGACCCAGCACCUCUCGUUUCCUCAUGGUACCUGGGCUUGCUGGCCGCGGCCUCCACGUUUAUGUCCCACACCAGAGUCCAGUAACUGCUUGGAGAAGGUGGGGAAUUCAGUCUGCCGUGGCCACACAGUGAGAAGGAAGGCAGAGGUGGAGCUGCCUGCUGAUGCAAAGCCACUGCCUUCUGUUUUUCCUGCCUGAGCCAAAGAGCAAGGUUGGCUUGCUGGGUGCGAUUGCUGCACUGACUCACCAAGACUUUUCUUUCCAGUUGUUGAUAGGAAAUGCAAGUUAUUCCCAAAGAUGAAUCAUCAUGAGGAAAGACAAACUUCCUUGUGUUCACAUGCAGGACUGUUAGUGCCAUAUGAUGCAGCAGGAGGCAGUAUCGUCCAGAUCAGUGUUAGGUUGAUUCUGAAACUGCAGUAUACUCCAGGAAACACCUCUUUUUGUUAGGUGUUGAAGUAUAUCUGAAGAGUGGCUUGCUAGAAAGGAAGCACUUCCUCAUUGAUUGAAAUCAGUAUGAGUAGUGUAUGCUCAAGUUGCAACAAAAGUUUGCACAGGUAGAAAUCCUCCCACUUUAAGUGGGAGAAGCUGCCCAGGAGUUUGAGACUGUAUUCCAUGGAGCCUGGCUGUAAGCUCUUGCAUCAUUAGUGGAAAUAGAAUGUGUUGAGCGAGGAGGGAGUUACCAUCACUGAAAGCCAAGGUAAACCAGGAUGACCUGAUGCACAGUAGCUCUAGGAGAGGACAAGGUGAAGCCCAGGCUGAGUGCUGGGCCCUCGGGGAGCCCGGCCUGGUGGCCCUGGGCCUGCUCUUCUGUUUAGUCAUUCCGUAGCCCUUUAGAGGGUUAUCUGAACAUACCGCACGCUGCCCUGCAGAAGCUCUGGCCCUGUGUGCAGGCCUCGCGGUGCAAGGACGUUCAUUAGGAGUUCACACAAUGACACUGAAGUCCUACAGACCAAAUCCACAUGUCAGCAGGAGUGGUGGCCCAGGCCCAGCACUGUGGUCUGCUGGCGGGGGUGGCUGCGUGUCGAGGAGAGCCAUGCCAAGGGUCCAGGCUGCUUUAGUCCAUCUGUGACCCACUCAUUGGGGACAGGUGGUUUUCUUUAUUGUAAAAUUGUGGACUUUUAAAACCUGUUGACUAAACAGUAAUUAAUUUAUAUUUGUGAAAAUAUGCCACUGUCCUAGUGAUUUCUGAUGUAAAUAAUGUUGUUUAUAUAGUAUGUAUUAAAUUUUCCUACAUUGUAAAACUGCUGUACUUUUGAUUCUUAUAUAUUAAAAAGUGUUACUAAGGAGUUUUA